AUCAAACGUAAUCAAGAACUUCGCUAAGAUGGCUCAACAGUUCGUAAAAGAAUCAAUUGGCAAGCAGCGUGUAGUGAUCUUUAGUAAAUCCUAUUGUCCAUAUUGUGUUAUGGCAAAAGAACAAUUUAAAAAGAUCAAUUUCGAAUUUCUCGCUAUAGAAAUUGAAGAUAGACCAGAUUGUCAAGAAAUUCAGGAAGUUUUAAAUGAAAUGACUGGAGCUAGGUCAGUUCCACGUGUUUUUGUUGAUGGAAAGUUCAUUGGCGGUGGAACUGAUGUCAAGAAACUUUAUGAAAAUGGUCAAUUAGCUAAAAUGUUGCAGUAAAAUAAUCGAAUGAUAUUCAAGAAUUUGUGGCUAGUCAUUGUGGUCAUAUCCCUAAUCUAAUUUGUUUCAAGUGUGGUUGAUAAUAACAAAUUAAUAGUGUGC